AUGACUAUAAUGGAGGAGAAGCAGAACAGUCCGAUUGAAGAGAAGCAGCAGAGCGUUAAUGGUAUGAUGAACCAAACUCAAGUGAAUCAGACGAAAUCAAUGGAGAAACAGCAGAGUUUUCGGUGUGCAGAGAAUAAUCAACCGAGAAAGGCGAGAGCUUUAGAGAAACAAGUUAGUUUCCAAGGUGUGAAUGUUGAGAAUCAUCAGCCAAGCAGGCUCGGAAGAUCAAUGGAGAAGCAACAGAGCUUUCGAGGUGUGACCGUAGAGAAUCAGAAACGUGGAGCUAUGGAGAAACUCCCGAGUUUUAACAAAGCAUCAAUGGAGAGGCAGAAGAGCUUCCGUGGUGGGUUUUUGGAGAAGCAGAAAAGCUUCCGUGUGGUGAUGGAGAGGCAGCUGAGUUUCAUCGGUGAGAGGAGAAAGAAGAAUGAGUCACCAGGGAAACGAGGAGAUUCGCCUCUUCAUAUAGCUGCUCGAACCGGGAACUUAGGUAAGGUUAAAGAACUGAUUCGAGGUUGUUGCGAUGGAGGCGGCGAAGAGUUGAAAGAGUUGUUGUCGAAGCAGAAUCUUGAAGGAGAGACUCCUCUGUAUACUGCAGCGGAGAAUGGGCAUUCGAUUGUUGUUGAGGAGAUGUUGAAGCAUAUGGACCUUGAAAAUGCUUCGAUAGCAGCUAGAAACGGGUUUGAUCCAUUCCAUGUCGCAGCGAAACAAGGCCAUCUCGAGGUGUUGAAGAAACUGUUGGAGACAUUCCCAAACUUGGCAAUGACAACAGAUUUGUCGUGCACGACUGCGUUACACACGGCUGCGACACAGGGACACAUUGAUGUAGUGAAUCUUCUUUUGGAGACGGACUCUAAUUUAGCUAAGAUAGCUAAGAACAACGGUAAAACUGCGCUUCACUCUGCAGCAAGGAUGGGUCAUGUGGAAGUUGUUAAAUCUUUGAUAGACAAUGAUCCAAGCAUUGGGUUUAGAACCGACAAAAAGGGGCAAACUGCUCUGCACAUGGCUGUAAAAGGCCAAAACGAUGGGAUCGUUGUUGAGUUGGUGAAGCCUGAUGUUGCGGUUUUGAGCGUUGAGGAUAAUAAAGGAAACACGCCACUGCACAUUGCCACAAACAAGGGACGUGUUAAGAUAGUGCGGUGUUUGGUAUCUUUUGAAGGCAUUAACCUCAACCCAAUAAACAAAGCUGGAGAUACGCCACUCGAUAUCGCUGAAAAGAUAGGAAAUGCAGAGCUUGUGUCGGUUCUGAAGGAAGCAGGAGCUGCUACAGCUAAAGGUCUCGGGAAGCCUCAGAACCCGGCUAAGCAACUGAAGCAAACGGUCAGCGACAUUAAACACGAGGUACAGUCUCAGCUUCAGCAAUCCAGGCAAACCGGUGUAAGAGUCCAGAAGAUAGCAAAGAGACUCAAGAAGCUUCACAUUAGCGGUCUAAACAACGCUAUAAACUCAGCAACCGUCGUGGCUGUGCUUAUUGCCACGGUGGCUUUCGCAGCCAUUUUCACGGUACCCGGUCAAUAUGAAGAAGACCGUUCGAAAGGAGUGCUGCUAGGAGAAGCUCAUAUAGCAAAUAAAGCACCGUUUCUGGUCUUCUUCGUCUUUGACAGCUUGGCGCUGUUUAUAUCCUUAGCUGUUGUUGUGGUGCAGACUUCAGUUGUCGUGAUUGAGCAGAAGGCGAAGAAGAAGCUUGUGUUUGUGAUCAACAAGCUCAUGUGGUGUGCUUGUUUGUUCAUCUCCAUCGCCUUUGUUUCUCUCUCAUACAUUGUUGUGGGCAAAGAGGAGAUGUGGUUGGCUGUGUGCGCGACUGUUAUUGGCAGCACGAUCAUGCUGACCACGAUCGGUGCGAUGUGUUACUGUGUGGUCAUGCAUAGGAUGGAGGAAUCUAAACUGAGGAGCAUAAGGAAAGAGAGAAGCAAGUCUCAGUCUUUCUCUAUGUCUCGUAUGCCUUCGGAUUCAGAGAUCCUUAAUGGUGAAUACAACAAGAGAAUGUAUGCACUAUGA